AUGACCACCACAACCACCUUCAAGGGCGUCGACCCCAACAGCAGGAACAGCUCUCGGGUUUUGCGGCCUCCGGGUGGUGGCUCCAAUUUCUCAUUAGGCUUUGAUGAACCAGCAGAACAACCUGUGAGGAGGAACAAAAUGGCCUCCGACAUCUUUGGGACAUCUGAAGAAAAUCCCCCUUCUUGGACCAAGUCUACAGGUGCCAAGUCUAGUGGAGGUAGGGAAGAUUCUGAGUCACCUUUGCCCCAGACAAGGAACUCUUCUGAAGUAAACUCUGGAGACUUUUUAGAUCUGAAGGGAGAAGGUGAUAUUCACGAAAACGUGGACACAGAGCUGCCUGCCAGUCUGGGGCAGAAUGAGGAGAAGCCCGUGCCUGCUGCUCCUGUGCCCAGCCCGGUCGCCCCGGCCCCCGUACCGUCCAGGAGAAACCCUCCAGGCGGCAAGUCCAGCCUAGUCCUGGGUUAA